CGCGAACCGAAACGUCGUUGCGUCUGUUUCUCCAAGUGUUAGUUUUGGAUAUGAAGCGAUGUUGAAUUAAAGUUCAGCGUGGGUCAGGCGGAGGGAUCUGUCUGAUAUUUUUGUAAACAUUGGCAGCAGCAUGAGGCAGAGUGGCGCGCUUCUCUGGAUGCCUGGAUUUACCGACUUUUUGCACCAGAAUAUACAUGUUAUUUCCCCGCAUGAACGUCUUGUUUUCCCUGUAAGAAGAACAAAGGACUCUGCCGUUAUCUGGGAUUGAAUACGUGAAUAUUUUCCGCGUGUAUUUUUCCAUUUUUGGGGGCAGCAUGCUGCUCUCUAAACUGGGCUCCUUCUCUCACAUCGCGGCCAGCAUGGACAUGCCGGCGAAGCUGCAGCAAGCUAAAGCGGAGAAGCAGCCGUUUGAGAAGGUGUACCGGCUGGGCUCGGUGCUCGGCAGCGGGGGAUUCGGCACCGUGUACUCGGCUGUCCGCCUCGCCGAUGGGCUGCCGGUGGCUGUGAAGCAUGUGUGCAGGGAGAGGGUGACAGAGUGGGGCUCUCUGAGCGGCGCCGUGGUUCCUCUGGAGAUCGUGCUGCUGAAGAAGGUGGGCGGAGCGUUUGGCGGCGUGGUGCGGCUGCUUGACUGGUGGGAGUGUGCGGACGGCUGGAUGAUGGUGAUGGAGAGUCCGGAGGCGGGGCAGGACCUGUUCGAUUACAUCACGAAGCGCGGCGCGUUAGACGAGGUGGCGGCGCGCGGCUUCUUCCUGCAGGUGCUGGAGGCCGUGCGGCACUGCUACACCUGCGGAGUCGUCCACCGAGACAUCAAGGACGAGAACCUGCUGGUGGACCUGAGGACCGGACAGAUCAAACUCAUCGACUUCGGCUCUGGAGCCCUGCUCAAAGACAGCGCCUACACAGAGUUCGAUGGUACGCGGGUGUACAGUCCUCCCGAGUGGAUCCGGUUCCGUCGGUACCACGGUCGCUCGGCCACCGUCUGGUCGCUGGGCGUCCUGCUGUACGACAUGGUGUGCGGGGACAUCCCCUUCGAACAGGACGAGGAGAUCCUUGGAGGACGGGUCUACUUCAGACACAAGAUCUCCUCAGAGUGCCAGCAGCUGAUUUGCUGGUGUCUGAACCAGCAGCCGUCGGACCGGCCUACCCUGGAGCAGAUCUUCCUCCACCCCUGGGUGACGAGCAGCGAGGUGCAGCACACGGACAGCAUCACGCUACACGCCAUCACAGCAGACUCCUCCCCCUCGUCGUCCUCAUCCUGCCAGCAGAGCCUCUGAUUGGUCAACACGGGGCGGGGCAUAGAUAUUUGAUGCCUUGCAGGAAGCUGCGUCCCAGCGGCUUCAGUUCCCUCCGUGUUGAGCAGCCGCUGGGAGGAAGUGUUGUUCUGCGUGUGGUGGGUCACUCCACAGCGCCCCCUGCUGUUCACAGACUAUAGAGCAGCUCUUAUAGAGCCUCAACGCCUGCCGGGUGUUUCUGUUUCAGAGUGCCUUACGUGAUAAAGUGAGAAAGUGCAGCCACUGUAACGACCUGCAGAUCAGGAGACAGGUGGAGCUCUGCAGAGGUUCCUUUAGUUCUGUAAAUACAGGUAUAAUAACUCAAGGCACAGGAGAACCCAAAACGUCAGGCACAUUAACCCCCCAAAAAAGAUUGAUUCAACAGAUAAAUUAACCACAUGUUUAUUGGUUCUUAUAGAUGCUAUCCGGUGGAUUUGUCUACCUUUUGGACAAAGCAGCAUGGAGGUAUAAAUAGAACUGGAAACAGGAACAGUGCUGGGUCAGUUUAUCACCGCCUCAUGCACCACUGGACUGAACAGGGCCCCGCCUCCAAUGCUGUAUCUAGUUGUCUUUAUACCUCCUCGUCUUUGUGCUAAGCUAGGCUAACGGAAGAGUUUUAAGGAUGACAAAAAUCUACGUUAAUUCAAAGAUGGUUUUCAUGUCGUCUGAGGAACCGGCCUCCACCUCCAGAAACACCUCCAAGACAGGUGAAGCUCUCCGUCCUGCUGACAUGAUGGGAUACUAGACACACACACACACACACACACACACACACAUACACACACACACACACACACACACACACACACACACACACACACACACACACACACACACACACUUCUGAGAAGCUGUGUAUCAAGUUAUGAUACCAAAACAUGACUUUUUGAUACCUGUUGAGUACAUUUUCUUUCUUCUAACAAACGUAUCACAUCCUUUGUUGUUUACUUUUGUCUGGAAAACAUUUAAAGACUGUUCCUCAUUUAAAUACAGACUGAAACGAACAGAAUUAGGUUAUAAAAUCAGGAAAUAUCUGAUAAAAGUCUCACGGUUCGUUCGACUACCGGGGAAACGUUUAUUUUUCUACAGUUGAUGUUCUUCGUUGGGUUGUUGGUUGUCUUUGUUUAGAGCUGCUUAUUGUUUGAUAUGUUGGAAGCAUGUCCUCUGUUUGCUCUGAAAACACGAAACAGUCCCUCAGAAAUGCAAAGUCAAUGCAAAUGUUCGUGUUUGUAUAUUCUGUAUGUAUUUCACUUUUAAAUAUUUGUUGUACAUUUGUGUUAUAUGUGUUAGGUAAGAGACAUUCCUUAUCCUUUUGGUUAUUUAUUCAAGGUGUUUUACAUUUGUCUUUUAAAAAUCUCUUCCUGGAAAUAAGAAUAAAUUCAGGAUUAAGUUUUUAAGAAGUAACUCAUUCUCAUUUCAUUUGUUUUCAUGUUUUGAAAAAUACAAUUCUGACAGGAAAUAUUUUUUCAUGGAUUUUUCAAA